CUCCAUCAUUUUUUGGUGCAAAUUUUCAUAAAUUCUCUGUACCCACCAACCAAUUUUGGCUGUGAAUGUGUUUGAAUUCAUGGAUAUGUGCUCUUUAGCGAUGUGAUAUUGGAAUUUGGUUUGCUUGUUCAAUUCUGGUGUGUGAUUAGUUUUGCACAAAAAAUGGGUUAUGUACAUAUAAAAAUCAUUAAUGGAUGAGUUAAUAGUGUGAUGCAAGUGUGAUUUUAUAUUGUGUUAUGAUAUUUUUGGUGGAAGAGUGGAAGUUCGGGGUGCUUGGGAUUUGUCUUGAUUGAAGCCCCUUUCUUUCUCAUUUUGUACUUUGGUUGGAAAAUUGAGCUUGUGGGAUCGAGACCGUAAAACAAUGUGAUUCCUUUUGCUUAAAAUCCCCUUUGGUUGGAAACUUGAGCUUGGGAUUUGUCUAUUUCCGGGGUUUUGAGUCUUAAUUGUAAGUUUGGGUUCCCAAUUUUUUGGUUAUUGGUUACUUAGGGCUUGUUUUUGAUGAAGUGUGGUUUGAGUAAUGCAUUGAAUUAGAAACCCCCAACAACUUCUCUCUACAGUAUAUUUACUUUUAUAUCCAACAGAUUCCAAUAUAUAUAAUCUUAUGGUACACAAAAAAGUUUCAGUGAGACAUUUUUUUCCCUGUUUUUGUUAGUGUGAUUAUGAGAUUCGCAGUGUAACUUGUUAACUGAGAUGUCGAUCCAAGAAACCUGCAACAAUUCCUGUCUACUUUUGUUAAGUUAUCCAUGUUUCUGAAUUUUAGCAGGUUAGGAUACUGAAACUAAAGAUUUUGCUUCUUUCUAUGCAGAGCCAAACUACGCCUUGGAACAUAUCUCUCGUGGAGGCACAGGUGUUAAAACAGCGAUAAAUUACGCUUGUUUUUAAAUUUUAGUUCCAUGAGCGCAGAAAAGCAAUCUAUAGGUCCUAUAUUUGAAUCCUUCAAAAUGGAUAGAGUUCGAACGAUAUUGGCUCACCAAUAUCCGUACCCUCACGAGCAUUCGAGGCAUGCAAUGACCGCGGUUAUAAUAGGAUGGAUCUUUUUCAUUUCAUCGGAUAAUUUGCACACCCUCAUACAAAAAAUGGACAAAAACAUCAAGUGGUGGUCCAUGUACAUUUGCCUGAUCGGUUUCUUUUAUUUCUUCUCUUCUCCUUUCAUUAGGAAGACUAUCAAGCCAAGUUAUUCUAACUUCAGCCGUUGGUACAUUGCAUGGAUCUUCAUGGCAGCUUUAUAUCAUCUUCCGAGUUUUCAGUCGAUGGGAGUCGACUUGAGAAUGAACCUUUCUCUCUUCAUCACAAUUUAUAUCACCUCGCUUCUUUUUCUUAUUGUUUUCCACAUUAUAUUUCUCGGGCUUUGGUACUUGGGCCUGGUUUCGCGAAUGGCUGAAAAGAGACCAGAGAUACUCACUAUCAUCCAAAACUGUGCAGUCAUAAGUAUAGCAUGCUGUGUAUUUUACAGCCACUGCGGUAACCGAGCUAUCACAAGAGAGAAGCACUUUGAUAGAAGAAACUCAAAUUGGUUUUCUUUCCCUUUGUGGAACAAGCAAGAUAGAAAUAUAUGGAUAUCCAAGUUCCUUAAAAUGCACGAGUGGAAGGACCAAAUUUGUUCUUCCUGGUUUGCGCCGGUUGGUUCUGCUAGCGACUACCCGCUCUUUUCUAAAUGGGUCAUCUAUGGGGAGUUAGCUUGCAAUGGAUCAUGUCCUCACCUUUCAGAUGAAAUAUCACCUUUAUAUUCAUUGUGGGCAACGUUUAUCGGACUCUACAUCGCUAAUUAUGUCAUCGAACGAUCAACUGGAUGGGCUCUCACUCAUCCUAUGACAAUAUCAGAGUACGAGAAGUUGAAGAAACAAAUGAAACCUGAUUUCUUGGACAUGGUACCUUGGUAUUCGGGGACUUCCACUGACUUAUUCAAGACGGUGUUUGAUCUCAUGGUAUCCGUGACUCUAUUUGUUGGUCGAUUUGACAUGCGAAUGAUGCAGGCUGCUAUGAACAAGGUUCCUGACGAAUCUAAAAACAGCGAUCUACUGUACGAUCAUCUUCAAAACAGAGACGAACUUUGGUUUGAUUUCAUUGCGGAUACUGGCGAUGGUGGAAACUCUACCUAUGCGGUGGCCCGAUUACUGGCACAACGUUCAUUACAGAUUAAAAAUGGUGACUCGGUGCAAAAGCUCCCACGUGGAGACUUGCUUCUUAUUGGAGGGGACCUUGCGUACCCUAAUCCUUCUACAUUUACGUAUGAGAGGCGCUUUUUCUGUCCUUUUGAAUAUGCUUUCCAACCUCCUCCGUGGUACAAGGCUGAACAUAUAGCGGUGGACAAACCGGAGCUUCCAUUUGGGGUCUCGGAGCUGAAACGAUAUCGCGGGCCCCAGUGUUUCUUAAUUCCUGGAAAUCACGAUUGGUUUGAUGGGCUUCACACUUUUAUGAGGUACAUAUGCCACAGAAGCUGGUUGGGUGGGUGGUUUAUGCCUCAGAAAAAGAGUUAUUUUGCAUUGGAGCUCCCAAAAGGGUGGUGGGUAUUUGGUCUCGACCAGGCUCUUCACGGUGACAUUGAUGUGUACCAAUUCAAAUUUUUCGUGGAGCUAUGCCAACACAAGGUCAGAGAAAACGAUUCAGUUAUUGUUAUGACCCAUGAACCGAAUUGGCUUCUCGAUUGGUAUUGGGGUGAUGAUACUGGAAAAAAUGUCUCAUAUCUUAUACGCGAUUAUCUUAAAGGAAGAUGCAAACUUAGAAUGGCCGGGGACUUGCACCAUUACAUGCGCCAUUCUUGCGUUUCAUCAUCGAGAGAACCUGUUCACGUCCAGCAAGCUUGCGUUUCAUCAUCAAGAGAACCUGUUCACGUCCAGCAUUUACUUGUUAAUGGUUGUGGCGGAGCCUUUUUGCAUCCGACCCAUGUGUUCAGAGGUUUCAAGAAAUUCUAUGGAAAUUCUUACGAAAGCAAGGCUACUUAUCCCUCUUUUGAGGAUUCUGGCAGGAUAGCAUUGGGUAACAUAUUGAAGUUUCGAAGAAAAAACUGGCAAUUUGAUAUCAUUGGCGGCAUUAUAUACUUUGUCCUGGUCUUUUCUAUGUUUCCACAGUGCGAUCUUUUCGACAUAUUGCAUGACGAUAGUUGGUCCAUCCGCCUCAAGGGCUUCUUUAGCAUGAUGUGGGGCGCUUUCCUCUACAUUCUAGAACGUUCUUACGUCUCUCUAGCUGGUGUUCUCGUAUUGAUAAUGGCGUCGUUUUUCUUCGUUCCCACAAAACUAUCGCGGAAAAAGCGUGCUAUAAUUGGGGUCCUGCAUGGUGUGGCGCAUCUGACCUCAGCACUAAUCUUGAUGCUGCUACUGGAAUUGGGUAUUGAGAUAUGUAUCCGGAAUCACCUAUUAGCGACUUCAGGCUAUCACACUCUUUAUGAAUGGUAUCGGUCGAUGGAAAGCCAACACUUUCCGGAUCCAACUGGCCUUAGGGCUCGGAUCGAGCAGUGGACGUUCGGACUCUACCCUGCAUGUAUUAAGUACCUCAUGUCGGCAUUCGACAUUCCCGAGGUUAUGGCUGUAACGAGAAGCCAAAUCUGCAAGAGAGGGAUCGAAUCACUCCCUCGCGGCGGCGCCAUAAUUUACUAUGCCUCUGUUUUCACCUAUUUCUGGGUCUUCUCUACUCCCAUCGUAUCGCUUGUUUUCGGAAGCUAUUUGUACAUCUGCAUCAACUGGUUCCACGUUCAUUUCGAUGAAGCCUUCUCCUCCCUCCGCAUCGCGAAUUACAAGGCUUUCACGCGCUUCCAUAUCACUAAAAAUGGCGACCUCGAGGUUUUUAGCCUUGCAGUCGAUAAAGUACCGAAAGAGUGGAAGUUAGACCCCGACUGGGACGCGGAACCGAAGCAACCUUUGCAGCUGAGCCACUUCCGAAGGUUCCCGAGCAAGUGGAAGGCGGCCUCGGGUCCCGACCCCGUCAACUCGGUGCGGAUUAUCGACCAUUUCGUCGUCGAACGAAACCCUAGGGUAGCUGACAGCCAGAGAAAAGGCUAGUUGUGACCUGUUUGUUUCUGACAUUGAUUCUGUACAGUUUUUGUAACACACAACAUUUACAAUACAGAGAAAGGAAAAUAGAGGGGGAAGACAAAAAGGGUGAAUAACUGUAGCAGUAUAACACAUUUUAGCCUCCUCUUUGUCAACCCUAGAUUUUUCAUAGGAGUUGACAAAAAAAGGAAAAAAAAAAAAGAGAAAAAAAACUAGGUACUGUUGGAUAGAUUUUUUUUUGUUUUUUUUGUUUUUUUGUUUUUGUUUUCAGAUGUAUCAGUAAUAAUUCUUUGGAUUAGUAAGUGGCCAAUUAAUGUAAUAUCAGCAGGGAAAUGAGGGAAAAAAAAAUUCCCUUUUUUCAUCAUUA